UAACACGAGACUACGUCAGACGUCGUCAUCCCUUCCUCUCUUCAAGAAAAGUUGGCCAAUAUUACGCACGGGCCACAAGACAUACCGGAGUAGCGGCUUCGUGCCAGCGGAAAUCAAUCACAAUAGCAGAUAACUCAUUUUUAGCGCUUCUGAAAAAGCGCUUUAACGGAGCGGUGACACUGUGUCGUCAUAGGUCAAUAUCGCAAGCAAAGUCUUAAACUGACAAGUUACUGCGGUCCAGUUCAUCUUUUUUUCCUACGUGGUGUUGUCGUCAUCGUCAUCAUGUCCUCUACUCCUCCCAAAAACGGCGAUACAUCAAAAUCCCCUGACGUCAAACACCCUCAACCGCUCGUUAGACAGACUAGGUCUGAUUUUGACCUCGAACCUAACCCAUUCGAACAGUCCUUCUCCCGCCCUUCCCAUGUCCGCCAUACUUCGCGUUCUAAACGUGACUCACCAAGUCCGGCAUCAUCUAAAUCUCAUCAUGAUAGACCAACUUCUGCCGCGUCCAAUGCCCAUUCCAAGGAUGGUAGGUCUGCUUCUCCCAGACCCGUACUUCCCCCUCUGGCAGCAAUAGCUUCUCCAAGUACAGAUCAGAGUUAUUCCUGGCAAUUCUCUUCAUCUCUUGCCAAUUCUCUGCGUGCCGGUCCUCUGUCACCCGCCAUGCUCGCUGGCCCCCAGCAGGGUUCAGACUCCGCAUCCCAUCUACCCUUUGACACCUCAUUCCGAACUGGCCUAACCCCCCGCACUGGUCUCACUCCCCGCACAGGACUGACACCAGGAACCGGUUUAACACCCCUUGUGGGGGGUCCAGUCUCCUUUCCCCCUCCCUCACCAAAUACUGCAGCCUUCCUUGCACUCAUGAAUAAUAAUGCAGGCGCUAAUUCAAACGCUACCAUCACGCCAAACACACUCAGUGCAAUCACAGGUGUACUCGGCUCCUCGUCAGCGCAGUAUAGCUCUGUCACACAUGCUCCCACCACGAGCUCUCAUCUAUCUACAUCCAUCACUGCCAAUCAGGAAAGCGGUGACCCUCCUUACCUCAGCGCAUCCUCUGCCGCAAGCACUGCUGCAAAUGGCUUAUAUCUGCUUUCUCAGGCUCAUCAGGAGCUCACGAAACGUGAAGAAGCACAAGCACGUGCUAACAAUGCGGCACAUGCAUCCGUAAAUGGGAGACGUGGUACAAAGCGCAAGUCUUAUGACGCCGCAAGCCCACCACCUCAGCCUGCUUCCACGGCCCGUGCGCCGUCUCAGCAGCAGACUGCUCCCGUCAAACGCGCACGUGCUAACACUGUAACUAGUGUCAGCACCAAUGGCCGUGGUAAAGGCUCUACGGAUGAGGACGACGACGAUGAGGACGACGAAGAUGAGGAUGAUCAACCGCAUCCUUCUCAGAACCCCGGGGGGCGGAAGCAGCCAAAGAAGCCCGAAACAGAAGAAGAAAAGCGACGCAACUUCCUCGAACGAAAUAGACAAGCCGCCCUUAAGUGUCGACAGCGCAAAAAGGCGUGGCUUGCGUCGUUGCAGGCCAAGGUCGAGUACCUUCAGACCGAGAACGAGCGGCUAUCGUCCGCUCUCGUCUCGUCGCGCGAUGAGAUCUCACGGUUAUCUGCCCUCGUUGGAGGCGCUGUCAUUGGACCAGGGGGACCGACUGUCGGUCCAGGAGUAGGGCCACCACCAGUAGCGGCCAACGGUGUGGCCACGAAUGGCCAGCCGAUCAGCAUGAACAUGAAUCUUGUGGCCAAGGGCGCACCGGCCGCCACCUCUGGCCGCGCGAGCUACGGGUAUUAAUGCCUCAAAGCUUAUGCCAGUCCUUUCGUCUACUUUCGUUCAUGGUGUGUUGCG